AUGUUUUCUCGUGCUCAAACCACUUUAGUGGCCAGUGUCCUUCUUGGCGUGUCCAGUGUUUCAGCACUUACUUGGGGGAGCACGAAAUUCUUAUUCGUCUUCGGGGAUUCCUACACCACGACUGGAUGGAAUAUUUCUGCUGGUAUCAACUCUCCUGUGCCAGGGUUCACAUCCUCGAACGGUCAAAAUUGGGUUCAAUAUCUUGGAGGGACUUACAAUGUCACCGAUACACAAGUAUUCAAUCUUGCAUUUGGAGGAGCGACGAUCGAUUCUGCGCUCGUUGCACCAUAUUCGCCCACAGUGCAAUCGAUCGUAACCCAGGUCUCUCUGUUUGAACAAUUCCUCGGGUCUAAGCCCGCUGGCGCACCAUGGAAAAGUGACAAUAGUCUCUUCGCAUUGUGGAUAGGCAUCAAUGACGUUGGGAACUCAUUUGCGUGGAACAAUGUAUCACAGAGCGCUUUUCAUACCACGCUCAUGACACGUCUCUUCGGUCAGGUUGAAGAGCUCUACCAAUCUGGCGCUCGCUCGUUCCUGUUCCUCACUGUUCCUCCCACGAACCGAGCCCCACUCCUGGUCGUGCAAGGCCCCACGGUAACCGCGCGAAUUACAUCGUCCAUCGCCGACUACAACAACCAAUUACGGUCCUUCGCGACAAAAUUCAGGCAGCAGCACAAGGAUCUUGACCAAAUCGUUGUCUUCGACACGCAGCCCAUCUUCAACACCUUGUUGAACAACGCUGGGACGUUCGGAUACGUCAACAUAACGGGGUUUUGUGAGGCCUAUCAAAACGGUACCUCGGAUGUCUCAACACAGAUCGCACCUUGUGCCCCUGUUUCAGAUUACUUUUGGCUGAACACGCUGCACCCAUUGUUUACCGUUCACGACGUCAUUGCUAAGGCCAUUUCGACUGUGUUGAGCGGUUUCUGA